AUGUCCACUGAAGGAUUUGAUCGGGAUGUCUUUGGUCCGCUGGUGGACAUUGAGGAAUCGUCGUUGCUGAAAUUGGCCUCGAGGAUCGCGCAUCAGGCCCUUGGGCUGCCAGAAGAAGCAAGUGGAAGGCUCAUCGCCAGCACCAGCGGCUCGUACAAUAUUGUUCACAUAAUCGAGCUGGAACCCGCCACAAAGAUUGUCAUCCGCGUGCCCGCCACAGGAUGGGGCUCCGGCUUGACAUCGUCGGAGGCAGCACAGGCACUCAGAUCAUAUGGCGCCACCUCGCAUUUCCUUCGGGAGAAGACCACGAUCCGUGUUCCCCAGGUCUUUGAUGUCGAUACCUCGACCAAUAAUGAGAUCGGAGCUCCAUAUAUUUGCACAAGCUUUGUGCAAGGCAAGUCGGUUGGGAGUGUCUGGUUUGAUACGGCCACAACAGAAGCAGUUCGCCGUAACAUUUUGGCAAGCGUGGCGGAAAACAUGGCUCGACUUUCCGCGCUCUCUUUUGAGAGUAUCGGUUCUAUUGUGAACAAAGAUAAUAUGGAGCUAGGUCCAUGCCUCAGCUUUGAAAGGCAAGAGGACGAUACAGUCAAGGUCAAGGCCUCUGGUCCCUUUACCUCGGUCGCAUCCUACUUGGAAGAAAAUACCCCAAAAGACAAGGGGGAGAGUAAUGUCAUGGUUGAUGAUACUGGGGCUAUCACCGGAUUCAUUGACCUUGAUCAUUCACAAACCAUGCCGCGUUUCCUUGGCUACAGCCGAUAUCCUUCUUGGAUUACACGGGAUUGGGAUCCUCUUAUGUAUGGUUGGCCAGCCUUGACUGAUCGCGAGGAUCCUCCAGAAAAGUUGGCCUAUUACCGAGAAUUCUAUUCUCAAAAGCUCAACGAGGCGCUGGGUCCAGAUAUUGAGUCUCGCUCCGACUUGGCUCUGACCAGAAAGUCGCAUAUAUACGAAGCAAUUUGGAUUGCAUGCCUUUCUCCCGCUAAUCGCUCGGAUAUAUGCCGUAAAUUGAUCGAGGAAGCAUUGGAGAUUACAAAAGACGACGCAAUGGAUGUCUUUUAUGAACUCGGGUCAGGGGAAUAUGAGGAUGAAGAUGAAUGGCCUAUUUUGAAGGACAAUUUAGAACGACUCUGCAGUUGA